AUCACAAGUGAAUAUCAUUUUGAAAAACUAACACGCUAAAGAUUUGUUUAAAAAUAUAUACAUAUAUACUACUAUUGUCAUCCUUUCCAUUCCAAGUGACCAUCCAUUAUAAUGAAUACCACCAACGUCCUCCUCCAGGCUGUAAUCUUCCUUCUCACCAACGUCGUAUUGUUCAUAUCUUCGGCGUCAAUUCGGACUCAAUGUAAUAUACCAAAAGACUUGAAAGUCCAAUACGAGAAACUAUCCAGCGCAUCGAUCGGCAAUAACUUUUUUCUACCAGCUGAAAUAGCUCCGGCGGGAAGUGACCAACAAGAACUGACCGAAGGGGAUAAAACUUGCCCAACAUCUUCUGUAUCUACUGAUAUCAUCCGCGAACGUUCAACCUGCCCAUGGUACCUGAAAAUUACCCACAAUUCGACAUAUUUUCCUCCAUCACUCACUGAAGUCGUGUGUCGCUGUACAGACUGUCUGGACUCUGACAGUAACCACCAAUGUGUGAUGGUAUAUACUCCGAUGACUGUCCUGAAACGUACAGUCGAAUGUAUUGAUGGACUCUACGUUUAUCAACCAAGUGUCAUCCAUGUAGCCACAGCCUGUGUGUGUGCACGGAAAAUCGAUGUAAUACCCAAAGGAAAUGAUGACGAAUAUGAGUCGUAAUAUCGGCCAAAAUCAUCAAACAUCCAAUUGUGUGUAACACAAAAGUUUUUCAUAAUGUUAUGGAAGUUUCAGUAAACCACUGUGUGGUUGUUAUACGAAACACAUACGAAACAUGCACACACGCAAAAAUCAUACAAGCGUAAAUAUUUAAAUGCGUGCUCUCUCACUACUUCUUUUUUUCUUUCUCUCUAAUUCUUUCUCUCUCUCUCUCUCUCUCUGUCUCUCUCUCUCUCUCUCUCUCUUCAUGUUAUAUACAUACACAGAAACACACACACACAAACACACUUAUACAUAUAUACAUACAAAUAUAAAUAUAUAUGUCUCAAUAUAUAUGCAUAUAUUUACAUGUAUAGAAGUAUAUAUUUGAAAAUACAUACAUACAUACAUACGUACAUACAUACAUUGGCAAAAACCAGUUUUGUUUUGUAAAUGUUGUUUCGUAAAUGAGACAUAUCGCUUGAAAAAAAUUUUUUUUUCUAUUUUGUAAACACUGAAGGGAACUCUUAUGAUAGUUACUAUCAAAUUUAACUCAUAAUCAAUAUUUCCUUUUUUUUUUUUACCUAUCAAGUUUCUUUUUAUAAAAGUAUUUGAAACCGAUAAACGGUAUUGAAUAUGUUUAUACAUACGUUAUAUGUACAUUAUUUACAUUACUUACAUUUGACGGAUAUUCGUCCUCAUCUUGUUUGUUGUUAACACAACGUUUCGGCUGAUAUACCCUCCAGCCUUCGUCAGGUGUCUUAGGGAAAUUUCGAACCUGGGUUCUCAUUCCUAUCGAUGUUAUUAUUAUUAUUAUUAUAUUAUUAUUAUUAUUAUUAUUAUAUUAUUAUUAUUAUUAUUAUUAUUAUUACUAUUAUUAAUCAGGUCGCUGCCGUGAAUCGAACUCGGAUUAGUAGCCCUUGGGGUUAGUAGCCCGCGCUCUUAACCACUACGCCAUACGCCGAUUUAUACUUACAUGUUUUCGUUCAUAUCAUUGCCCAUCCUUAAACAAAGCAAUUUUAUAUUUAUAAAUUGAUUUAAAUAAAGAAAGCUACCUUCCACAGGUAUUUGACAUGACACUACAUUGUAGUUGACGAUCACGUGAACUGAUAGACGAGUCUGCAAGGGGAGAUUACUGUGAUAACCGCAAGAUUCUCUGAAUCCAUAUCAUAUAGUUACUUAAACACUAGUACUGAGUCCACUCAUACAUUCUCAGUAAUAAUAACGUUUAUGUAAUAUUUACCUAUAUAUUUAAUUAUAACCGUUAUACAAAUUUGAAACAUUAUAUAUACAUGUAUGAGCAUUUGUGUAUAUAUUCUUUUCUGCACUAGGCACAAGUCCCCAAAUUUUUUGGGAGGGGGGGCAGUUAAUUAGACCAACCCCAGUACGCAACUGGUACUUAAUUUAUCGACCACGAAAGGUUGUAAGGCAAAGUCGAACUCGGCGAAGUUUGAAAUUAGAAAGUAAAGACAUUUCACCCGGCGUGCUAAAGUUUCUGCCAGCUCAACGACUUCAUUUUUGUAUAUAUUUUAACACAAUUUUAAAUACGUAUGUGAGCGGAUCUAGGCGUGUGUGUCUGUUUGCGUGUAUAUAUAAUUUCAGGCACACAGAUACUCAUAUAUAUGUCACUGUAACUGAAAAAUAAUAGGUUUUUAAAAUAUAUUAUUUAAUUUUUUCUAUGUAUAUAUCUAAAAUUAUA